UACACUAGCAACCGCAGGCAAAUGAGCUCGCUAGCUUUAGUUAACUCACAACAUAAACACUAAGCUUCUGACAGUUUUAUUAGGCUAUAUAUAGAUUCAUGUGGUAUUUCUUUUGAAAAUAUAGAUUGAUAAGAGAUGGAUUCUGAUGCUUUGCAUUAUUUUGUGGAUUUAGCAGCGGGUAAUGGUUUGACUUUGAGCAGUGAGCAGAGAGCUGCACUUCAAACCUCUCUCGUCAUACUAAAGAGGAACUACAAAUUCAGCCGUGUUUUAUUCUGGGGGAGGAUUUGGGGCAUAAAAGGUGAUUAUUUCAUUGCCCAAGGGAUUGGAGAAGAUGAAAUGAACCAUAAAAAGACUUUAUACAGUUUGAACUGCAUGGAUUGGCACCUGCUACCCCCCGCCACUGACUCCAUGAUCGCAGAUGUAGAAUUUGCAGCACAGGGGCGAUUUACAGGUGACCCGUCCCAUGAGUACGAGCACACCGAGAGACAAACCCAGGGAGAGGGAGAUGAAACUAAAGAGGAAGAGGUCACGGUAAAAGUAAAUGAGGAAAGCAGGUUGGCCACGACAGUGUUUAACAUAGAUAAGGAUGCAUCUGUAGUGCCACGAGGAGCAUUUAUUAAAACUCCCAGUGGCAAAGUGCAGACAAACCCAAGCUUUGGAGGUCUACGACCCACAGAAGCUGCAAAACUGCGCAACUAUCUGCACUUUCGCAAGCCGGUUAACCUAAAGACAAAAUCCAUCUUGGAAAUGGCGGAGCUAAACCCGGCGGUCGACUUCCUAGACCCUUUGAGUGAAGACAUUCCUAAAGGGUCAUGGAGUCUGCAGUCGGAGCGGGGAGGCACUGUUUGUGUAUUGCGCAGUUUAUUGUGGCAGGGUCUCACUUUCUUCCACGUUCCUCAGACCCCUCAGCACGGAUACAUCUACAUGGGUGAUGGACUUACGAACCUCGAUCUCCCCUUUAUGUUAUAGCAGCCAAAUGACUUGGCACAUUGAUGUAUUUUGGACGUGGAGAUGCAAUUAACUCUGACAGUAACUGUAUUUUUUUCUUAUAUUGUCUUUGAGGUAAACAUAAACAAACUUGUUAAUGUGUUUGGAAAGUCAAAGUAAUGGUGUUUCACCCAUGGCAAUCACGAAACCGUAGCUUGCUUUUUCUGAGAAACAAACACAUGCAAACGCAGAAACAGCUGCUGAUGAAGUAAACACAGCUAUUUUAU